AUGUCGGCCGCCAGCACGUUCCGGGCGAUUGCCAUGCAGCGCCGGUCGGUGAGCCGCUUCCUGCCCACGGCCAUCGCCAAGGACGUCGUGCAGGACAUCCUUGAGACGACGCGGCGGGCACCGACGAGCCUCAACAUGCAGCCGUACGCGUGCAUCCUCAUCGAAGACGUAGCCCAGCGCGAGGCCAUGAGCGCUGCCAUGCUGGGCGGCAACGUCGAGAAGGUGCAAAGCGCGCCACUCAUUGCGGUGUUCGCCGCCGACUUGGAGCCCAGCAAGCGCCUGCCCGCUGUCGAGCACAUGCUUCGCCAAGAUGGCGCCAACCCGUCGUACGUCCAACAACUCGGCGCCAAGCUGCGCUUCUUUGGCGGCGAAGGCCACUUGGCGGGCGGCAUCCGCGCGCUCAUCUCGACUGCCGUGUCCCCUUUGCGCCCGGUCCCGACGUACGUACCCGUGACCGCGUGGUCGUACAAGCAGACGAUGAUCGCAGCCACGACGUUCAUGUACGCUGCCGAGUCUCAUGGCGUCGGCACACAGGCUAUGGAAGGCUAUGACGAGACGCGCCUUCGCCACGCCCUCGACAUUCCGGAUCGGUACUCGGUGCCGGUGGUCAUUGCAUGCGGCUACGCCGCACCGUCGACGAGCGGUCGCGGGCCGUCGCCGCGCCUCCCUGUCGACGAUCUCUUCUUCCACGGCAAGUUUGGCCAGCCCCUUCCGUGA